CUUCAAAACCCCUAAACCCUAACUUUUGCACAGACGCAAUUUCAUCGCAUCAUUUUGAAUUUCGAAACCAUGGCUACCGCAGCUCUCCUCCGCUCUAUUCGACGCCGUGAAGUCGUUUCCGCUCCUUUCUCAGCUUACAGAUGCCUUUCGAGCAGCGGGAAAACAUCAUUGAACAGUUCGUAUCUCGGUCAGAAUUUUAGAAGCUUUUCCAGAGCAUUUAGCUCGAAGCCUGCUGGGAAUGAUGUCAUUGGUAUUGAUUUGGGUACUACUAAUUCCUGUGUUGCGGUCAUGGAGGGGAAGAAUCCGAAAGUCAUUGAAAAUGCUGAAGGUGCUCGAACCACUCCAUCAGUUGUAGCGUUCAACUCGAAAGGAGAACUUCUUGUGGGUACACCAGCCAAGCGACAAGCUGUCACUAAUCCUACAAACACAGUAUCUGGAACCAAACGUUUGAUUGGGAGAAAGUUCGACGAUCCACAAACACAGAAAGAAAUGAAGAUGGUGCCUUACAAGAUUGUGCGUGCACCUAAUGGAGAUGCCUGGGUUGAAGCCAAUGGUCAGCAGUAUUCUCCUAGUCAGAUUGGAGCGUUUAUUUUGACAAAGAUGAAAGAGACAGCCGAAGCUUACCUUGGAAAAUCUGUCACCAAAGCUGUUGUCACUGUUCCAGCUUACUUUAAUGAUGCUCAGAGGCAAGCAACAAAGGAUGCUGGUAGAAUUGCUGGUCUUGAUGUCGAGAGAAUCAUAAAUGAGCCGACUGCUGCUGCUCUUUCCUAUGGAAUGACCAAUAAGGAGGGUUUGAUUGCUGUGUUUGAUCUUGGUGGUGGGACAUUUGAUGUAUCUGUUUUGGAGAUUUCUAAUGGGGUAUUCGAGGUCAAAGCCACCAAUGGUGAUACCUUCUUGGGAGGAGAGGAUUUCGAUAAUGCUCUGCUAGACUUCUUGGUAAAGGAGUUCAAGACCACUGAGGGGAUAGAUCUCACCAAAGACAGACUUGCUCUGCAGAGGCUUCGAGAAGCAGCUGAGAAAGCGAAGAUCGAACUAUCAUCUACCUCUCAGACAGAAAUUAAUCUCCCAUUUAUCACAGCUGAUGCAUCUGGAGCAAAGCAUUUCAACAUCACCCUAACAAGGUCAAGGUUUGAGACUCUGGUAAAUCACUUGAUUGAGAGGACCCGCGAUCCUUGCAAGAACUGUCUCAAGGAUGCUGGUAUAAGUGCUAAGGAAGUUGAUGAGGUUCUUCUUGUUGGAGGAAUGACUCGUGUCCCCAAGGUUCAAUCUGUUGUUGCGGAGAUCUUUGGAAAGAGUCCAAGCAAAGGUGUCAAUCCUGAUGAGGCUGUUGCUAUGGGAGCUGCACUUCAAGGUGGUAUCCUCCGCGGUGAUGUCAAAGAAUUGUUGCUUCUGGAUGUCACACCUCUAUCGCUCGGUAUUGAAACACUUGGUGGUGUCUUCACAAGACUGAUCACCCGAAACACAACCAUCCCCACAAAGAAGAGUCAGGUCUUCUCAACUGCAGCCGAUAAUCAGACUCAAGUUGGGAUCAGGGUGCUUCAAGGUGAGCGUGAAAUGGCAUCAGACAACAAACUCUUGGGAGAAUUUGAUCUAGUUGGCAUUCCACCAUCUCCAAGAGGAAUCCCUCAGAUCGAAGUGACAUUUGACAUUGAUGCCAAUGGCAUUGUCACUGUUUCCGCCAAGGACAAGACGACUGGGAAAGAACAACAGAUCACAAUCCGAUCCUCUGGUGGGCUCUCAGAGGAUGAUAUCCAGAAGAUGGUGAGAGAAGCAGAGUUGCAUGCUCAGAAAGACAAAGAAAGAAAAGAGUUGAUCGACACCAAGAACACAGCCGACACAACAAUUUACAGCAUAGAGAAGAGUCUUGGUGAAUACAGAGAGAAGAUCCCAAGUGAAAUCGCCAAGGAGAUAGAAGAUGCUGUGGCGGAUCUAAGGAGCGCUUCGACUGGGGAUGAUCUCAAUGAGAUCAAGGCCAAGAUUGACGCGGCAAACAAAGCUGUUUCUAAGAUUGGAGAGCACAUGUCAGGUGGUUCUGGUGGAGGCUCUGCACCAGGAGGAGGAUCUCAGGGAGGCAGUGAUCAAGCUCAAGAGGCAGAGUACGAGGAAGUGAAAAAGUGAAGAGAUUUCGUAAAUUCUUGCCACUUGGGUUUUAAGAGAUUAGGUUAGAUCAUGGUGGGUUCUAUGUCGAAGGAACUUUUGCCUUUAGAAGAGCGAGCAAUGGAUAUGUUUCUGGAAUAAGCUUUUGUCAGGGAACUGAACUUAAUGUUUCUCUGCUAAAAACCUUUGUUAUGUAAUGUGAGAUGGUUAAGGAGAAGAAGUUUUCAAGAUUUUGUCAACUUUAUUAUUAUACUAAAGAAUGUAAAUCAGA